AGUAAUGCCGAAGUUCACGUCAAACUCUAGCGCGGGCAAGCUACUAACGUUAUAACUUUAAUACUCGAUUGAAUGAAGUGUCUGAAGGCCUUUUGGUAAACGUAAUUAAACCACAACAAUGUCAAAAUUUUUCGAGCAGUCAAAAACAACAUAGCAGAAAAGGAUAAGUCUGAGCUAACGGAGAGUGACCUGAAAAAAUGGGGAUUAGGAGCAAUUCAUCUGAGGUCUUAUCAGGUGGAUGGUGUGACGUGGCUGUCACAGUGUAUGAAGAACCAACAGGGCUGCAUCCUUGGUGAUGAGAUGGGUCUGGGCAAGACCUGCCAGACCAUUUCUUUGCUGGCAUAUGCUCGAGGAUGCCUUAAGAUGAAUGGACCGUUCCUUGUGCUUUGUCCCUUAUCUGUUUUGGAGAACUGGAGACAGGAGUUAGAACGCUUCUGUCCCAGUCUGUCUGUGAUCUGUUACACCGGUGAUAAAGAAAGAAGGGCAGAGCUCCAGAAGGAAAUUAAGAAUGAUAGACACUUCCAUGUUCUUCUCACCACCUAUGAGAUGUGCCUCAAGGAUGCCCGCUACCUGAGAAGUUGGAAAUGGAAGAUCUUAGUUGUCGAUGAGGCUCACCGGCUGAAGAACCAGGAAUCACUGCUGCACCAAACCCUCAAAGAGUUUACAGUGGGUUUUCGAGUGCUGUUGACAGGCACCCCCAUUCAGAAUAACUUGCAAGAAGUCUAUUCCCUCCUCACCUUCAUCCAGCCCAGUCUGUUUCUUCCUGAAGCCGUUGAGGACUUUGUCAGUGCCUACGCAGACGUACAGACAGAACCUGUUCUUGCCGAUGAGCUUCACCGAGUGCUCCAGCCCUUUUUGUUGCGCAGAGUUAAAGCAGAGGUGGCUGCCGAACUGCCCAAGAAGACAGAACUCGUGGUUUUUCAUGGCCUGUCUGCCCUUCAGAAGAGAUACUAUAAAGCCAUUCUGAUGAGAGACCUUGAUGCCUUUAGGACUGAUCACAACACUAAAACUCAACUUCUGAACAUUUUAAUGCAGCUCAGGAAAUGUGUGGACCAUCCAUAUUUGUUUGAUGGUGUGGAACCAGAGCCGUUUGAGAUGGGGGAACAUUUAGUGGAGGCCAGUGGAAAGCUCUCUCUGCUGGACACCAUGCUGGCAUAUCUUCAGGAGUGGGGCCAUCGUGUUCUUCUGUUUUCUCAAAUGACCAGGAUGCUGGAUAUUCUGCAAGAUUAUUUGGAGUACAGAGGUUACAGUUAUGAACGCCUGGAUGGUUCAGUCCGUGGAGAAGAACGUAACCUAGCUAUCAAAAACUUCAGCACCAAAGAUGUUUUUAUAUUCCUCCUCAGCACCAAAGCUGGAGGGGUUGGCAUGAACCUAACUGCAGCAGAUACUGUGAUUUUUGUGGACAGUGAUUUCAAUCCACAGAAUGACCUACAAGCAGCAGCCAGAGCCCACAGGAUUGGCCAAACAAGGCCUGUUAAGGUCAUCCGGCUUCUCGGUAGAGAUACCGUAGAAGAGAUCAUCUAUUCCCGUGCUGUGUCUAAACUACGUCUCACCAACACAGUGAUUGAGGAGGGACGUUUUUCUCUCCUGGACCAAGUUCAGUCUGCAGCUUCUGGUCUUCAGUUAAGUGAGAUCCUGAAGUUUGGUGUGGAUAAGCUGCUGGCGUCAGACGAGAGCUCUAUUCAAGACGUGGACCUCAGGCUGAUCCUGGGGCAGUCUCGAGACGGCCAGUGGCUAACGGAUGAAGAGAAUGUCAAGCUUAAUGAGAGCGAUGAAGAGGAAGAUGAGGACAUGGAGGGUCAAAACCACAUGUACUACUUCGAGGGUAAGGACUACUCUAAAGACCCCAGCGCUGAGGAUGAGAAGACUUUUGAAUUGUUACUUGAGAAGCAGUUAGCUGAAAUAGAGGAUGCUGGGAAGGAGGGCCGUGCACUUCGUAAUAAAGCCGAGGUGUCCCUGUCUGGGCCCUUGAUCGACCCAGGGAGGAAGAAGAGACCUCUUACAGAAUCAGAGUUGGAACAGAGACGUCAGAAGAGACAAGAAGCUGCUGCAAAGAGGGCAAAGCUACAGGAAGAAAGGAAAAAGCAACAGGAAGAACUAAAUUACAAGAAGAAGAUGGCGUGGUGGCAAUCUUGUGGCUACAAAACGCGGUGCUUGCCACGAGUUGACAGUGAGGGUGAGGAUAUGGAGCCUGAUGAAGAUGAUGAUGAUAAUGUCAGCUGGAACUCCACUGAUUCGGAUCACACAGCCAUUCACUAUGUGCUGGGUGAUGUAACUCACCCUCAGGCUGACCGAGAGGAUGCCAUCAUUGUGCACUGUGUUGAUGACUCUGGACACUGGGGCAGAGGAGGAUUGUUUACCGCACUGGAGCUCAGAUCAGACGAACCGAAGAAGCAGUACGAGUUGGCUGGCUACAUGGAAGACUUAGAACUGGGGAAUGUUCUGCUUUUUCCUAUUGAUGACAAACAGUCAAGGCUCAGUGGAAGAGACUAUCUGGCACUGAUAGUUGCUCAGCAGAGGGAUAAAGCCAACAAUUUGUCAGGCAUUCGGCUCACUGCCUUGGAUGAGGGCCUCAAGAAGAUCUACAGAGAAGCCAAACAAAAGAAGGCAAGUGUCCAUCUGCCUCGGAUUGGUCACUCCACUAAAGGCUUCAACUGGUAUGGUACAGAGAGACUCAUUCGCAAGCACCUGGCCACCAAAGGCAUCUCCACGUUUAUCUACUAUUAUAAACGAGCCACUUCACACUCAUCUACAGUUUCUUCCUCCACAUGCACAGCUACUCCAUCAACAUCACACUCAGACCCAGCAGCAUCCUCGCCAUCUGGGUCCCCACACUCCUCCAGUCCCCUUGGUAACACCGAAGACCUUUCAAAGUUAUCAAAACUCUCUACUACAUCACACGAAGGUCAGGGCGCACCAGGGUUGGCUGAUUUCAUGAGAGGUGUUCAUGUUUACUUCUACAACAUGGCUGCUACAGAGAAGAAGAAGCUUGGCCGAUACCUUAUCGCAUAUGACGGUGAUGAAGAGGAUCUCAUGAGCUCACAUGUUACUCAUAUUGUAGGAGAGGUGGAAAGUCCUAUCCAUAAACAGGAACUGCAAGAUCUAUUGUAUCGGUACCCUCAGGCUCUGCUUGUAAAGAAAAAGUGGCUGGAGUCUUGCUUUGCUAGCCAAAGGAAAGUCAGUGUGUCUAAAUAUGUAAUUAGGUUAACCUGACAAAGCUCCUCCUACGUUCCUGAGAACUGACUGAUCAAAUCAGUUUGCCUUAGGUUUAUUUACAAUCACAUUUAUUAUCUAUUUAGAGUUUGAAAUGAACUGGCCUGUUCCAGUAUAUCAAGUUACGGCUAUUAUCUUAGUAUCAUAGUGUGGAUCGAAUAAUGCUUUUUAUUUAAAGGGAAAUAACAGCAGGGGUUUCACACUUUUACAGUAUUUACUCUCAGUGCAUGUAAAACUUUUACAUUAUUCAGCCUUUUUCUAUGAAAAAAAAGAAUGCAACAUCUGUAUUACAUACUGUUAUAAAUCAAAUUCGCAGAUGAAGAUGUAAAAGCUGUUCAGUGUCAGAUCUCAGAUGUCAGUUUUACUCAGAAAUGCAUUGCACUAAAAACCAAACCACAGAUGUCUACGAUAACGUGAGCGGUAUCAGAUGUCUGUGACAGCUUGUGUUUCUGGAAAGUCUUUUUGGCCUUUUCUUUUAAUAAUAAUAAAAGGAACCUCCAUGUCGUUUA